GCAUCUGAUGGCGUUCGCUGGGCGAUGAAUGACAGGUCCGCGAGUUCAACCGUCGCUCUUCCUCCUGCCGCUUCGUACUCAUAAUUAAGGAUGUCGCAUUGUGCACCCGUCGCCUGGUGAUGCAUCACCCACGUUUCGGUUCCCGCUGACGGAGAUCUCGCCGCGGACUGCUGCGCGCUGAAAGGGCAUGGGGAAGGAUGGCGGUACUGCAACCAAAGGCCUACCCAGGUUCCCCUGCCGCUGGAGCUGGGCAGCGUGAUCUGCUCGCCGGCGCAGAAAACACUCUGACGGCACCACGACGCGCUGACGACCAGCGCCGCCUGCGACGCGUGAAGGACUCCAAAGAGCAGUUGAAGAGCAGGACGCGGGCACGCGGCACGAGCAACGGCACCAUCGACACGGCGACGAGCAACUCGACUGCGGCCGGACGGUCCUACACCGUCGCCAACGUGCACAACGGCGUGAUCUACCUGAGGCCCGUCGUGCGCGCAGGCAACCAGCGCAACCGCCCCCAGCCCGACCCGUUCGUCUUCCCGCCGUCGACGCCCCCGGACAGCGCCACGCUCGACUCGACGCUGCGGCCUACGAGCAAUGAAUGGGAGCAAAGCCUCUACGGCUCGAGGACCCCGCGCUCCGAACCCACGCCGCCGCUGCCGCUGCCGCUGGACCUGACCACAGAGCAUGCCGCGCGACCGCCGCCGCACGCCGACCAGCCCUUCACCGCACGCACUGCUGCACGCGCCGCCGCCCACCCGCGCUCGCACUCGUUCUCGACCGUCGACGACCACACCGUCACGUCGGCCACCACCGAGCCCGGCACCUUCAAGGUCGUCAUCGAACGGCCUCCGUUUGGCGGCCGGCCCAGGACCGCCGACACGUCCUCGCUGCCGCUGCUGCAGGUGCCCAUCCCGCACUACCGCCUGGGCACGCCGCGCUUCAGCACCAAGGGCACCGCCGAUCUGCGCAGCUCCGUCUACACGCGCACCUCUGCCACCGACGACUUCAGGAGCUCUCUGCUGACGCCCCAGCGCGCGGGCUCGCACUCGUUCCUGUCGUCGCGCCCCCAGUCCGACGCCUUCUCGCCUGUGCCCGCCAGAUAUCGCGCCACUAUGGACCGCCCGCCGCUCCCCGCCUCCGCACCGUCUUCCUCCCGAGUCUCCCAAUCCCCCAUUGGACCGCGGCUAUUCGACGCCCUGACAGUCAAUCCCGACGACAGAGCCGUGGUGCGAUUUUCACCGUCUGGCGAUAUCCUUGCAGCCACUCCUUCACGCCUCGUGGCCCACAUCACCUCUCCAAGCUUCCUGGACUACGAACUCCUCUCCGACUUUUUCCUUACUUUUCGCGCCUUCUUGUGUACCAGGGACCUAGUCGCAUAUCUUAUAUCACGACUUAGAUGGGCGGUGGACAGGCAGGAUGACUUUGGUCGCAUUGUCCGCGUGCGGACAUUCGUGGCUCUUCGUCAUUGGAUCUUAAACUACUUCGUGGACGACUUCGUGCCGUGCUACAACCUGCGGACGUACUUUUGUCAGCUGGUCAACGACCUCUACCGAGACCUCAAGGCCCGCGCCGAUGGAGGUGCUGGCGACGUAAAGAUUGUUGGCGAGCUCAAAAAGUGCUGGAAAAGGACAUGUGUCAUGUACUGGGAGACUGAAGAUGGCUUAAGCAAGGACUUUGCUGACGAAGAGCUGCUUCCUGGUGGCUUGGUUGACUUGCCGACAACACACGAAGAGCCAGAGAUUCUAGCGAUCGAAUCACCGGCCCCGCGGCAAGCAGAUCGCGACACGAAAGAGACCAUGGGAUCGAAUCCGAGCGACCAAUUCGCCAGCCGGCACAUGGACUGGGCGCAGAGAUCUCGCCACACCCCUCAGAAUUCCUUGAGCUCACCGUACGUAUCCUCGAAUGAAGGUGGGACCGUUCAGGUCCCACUUUCGCCCGGGAGCGAGGGGAGCAUGCACAUCUUAUCUUGCUCUCUCCCACGACGUGGUUUCUUGAAAAGCGAGCAAGCCAUGAACUUGCCUCUCUACCCUCACCCAGUACCUCAUCCUCCCACGGCGCCUGCCCGUUUGGCGGCAAGCCCAGCGUCAAACAAGAACGUCCGUCAAUCUCACUCACACAAGCGUAGCGGCAGUUUCUCUGACGCUUUAAGGGACAGCAGGGCUCCGCUCUCUAUUCCCAAGAAUGCUUCAGUGGACGUAACCAUAUCCGCAGUGACGAGUAUGCCUGGCAGCCUCGUGCGUGGUGGACUGUUCCAGCCAAGCUCGCCGUACAUCAAGCUCAAAGGCACCAGUCUACGCCAUACCCGGACCCGCAGUGAAACAGAUGGCGACGAUCUAUACGCCGACGACGUACAGCUCCGCCCAGGUCAUGCAAACAGUCCGGGAAUGAAGAAAAUCUUCGGUAGUAUGCGCCGCGCCUUGAGCAUCAAACAGUCGCCUCACGGAAGCCCUCAACUAGGAGCGCAUGCGCAACAGCGAAUGGCACCGUCGGUACGAUCUUCUAACCCAGGAACCAUGACCACAUUGUCAGCAGGGGUUCGCAAACAACGCACAGUUAGAACAAAGCCAGAAGUGAGGAUCGACGCCUUGGCCAUGAAGGUUGGUGAGAGCUUCAGGGAGGCCGUCGAAGAGCAGUUGAGAGACGAAAAUCAGCGACGGGAGAGCAGCAUUGAACCUCCUGAUCUAGGUGGCUUCGAGUUUGAAUUUGAGAACCGAAAGACUUCAUCUGCCAACGAGAACCCAAAGAAAGAGAAAGAACCAGAUUCUCGGGUGUACAGCAACAUCACCACUGGCAGCAAGUCAAUCCUGAUCAUUGACGACACUGGGCCGCCCCCGUUGCCGGUGAUGUCAGGAGCUUUACCCCCUGCGGCAUUGGAAGAGACGGCUCCUCCAAGUACCCCACCGAAGGGUCACCAACGAAAUCCAUCGAUUGCUCAACGACUUGCUGAGGGCGAUAUGGUAGUUGUGCGCCACUCUGACCUGUACAAGGAUCCUACUCCAAAAGUCUCAAUCGAAGAGCGUCGCUCAUCCCUUCCAUCUGUGCAACAGCCGCGUCUACAAAGGCGAUCUGUGUCUGAGGGCAGGGAGCAGAUGCACUCAUUCAAGUGGCGAGGCUCUAUGCGGAAGUCUAUAGCUCGAUCUUCGUUGCGUCGACAUGCCUCAUACAACAGCAUUCUGAGUGGCCGUCAAGGCCCCGAGAGUAUAGCCACAUUCAUGACUAUGUCAUCAGACAACGAUCCAUUCUUCCUCGAGAAACAGUCACCUCAACCCAGCGGCCCAGGUCGCAUGCUUCGCAGGAAGCCAGGGGGCGAUCUGCGCGCCGCUGGCAACGUCCAAGAUCUUGAGAUGACUCCUCGUCCGCACUCCACUGGCUCAGUCUCUAACCGCACUCAUUCUAUUGCAAACUCUGUCAUCCUGCGAUCAGACCGCUACGCUACUCCUGAGCCAGCGACGAACCAACCAGCCGAAACAGUCGAUGCGACAGUAAAUGCAAAGAAGCCGAUAUCACUCGUUGAUACUCAUUCGUCGCAACCUAACUUAAGACCUUCUUUCGAGGCAGAAGUCGCGAAGCUUGCAGCAUUACCGGAUGAUACAGACGACGAGGGCGGAGUGGAGGCAGCGCUGAUGAAGCUCGAAGGCCGAUACGAAAAGAAGUCUCCGGGUGAAUCAUCAAUACGGACUUCUGUCGUUCAACCGGACGUAUACCGGCCUACUGGAGCCCCUGCAAAUCUCUUCAUUCCGCCAUAUAAACCCAAACAGUCAGAGGACCAUGGUGAGACUGAUGGCAGCCUUCACCGACCACUUGCGACUCCUGGCGCCGAAGGCCAAGAAAUGUUCCAUCUGUCCGGAGAGAAAUUUAAUGGUCGUGUACCUCCUGUUGUGAGCACUGCUGCAGAGUCAGAGGACUCUUACUCCUCGGUACCGCUCCUUGACCGCGGUCUCAGCGAUGUUUUGAUGAACGGCCGUACGCAGACUUUCGAUACUAUGCGAUCGUCGGCUAAGCCAUCUCCCCUACAGCUUGCUGAAAAUCCACUCGCGCAGGCAACAGCGGCUGCGAGCAAGCCUUCCUCUACAAGCUCGUCAGUGGAGUAUGUUGUAGAAACAGACAGCAUGAGAAGGAUUCCAAAUGGCGGCACUGUUCCAUCGUCCUCAGUUGCUCGUCAGUCAUUCCUUCUUGACGAAGACGAGGACUUAAGCGAUCUAGCCUCGACAACGACCGGUGCCAGGUCGGAUGAGAUGUCACAAGGCGUCCGUAGCUUCUUCGAGGAUGAGCCCGCGGUGAUGAACCAUACCACAGACAGUCUGCCCACACACCCAAUGCGACAUCCUCCUACACCACCCACUACGGCAGAUCGUCUCAAAGAGGCUGUGCCAUCAACAACAUGGAAUAGAGGCUUACCAACACCUGGCCUGACGCCCACGGCUUCUCGACCAGAUCAGUUCAGUCAAAAUAUUUCUGACCAACACACCAAGCUACAACCGGCACCAUACAUCAGACAACCGCCCAUGGCAGCACAUCUUCCAUUCAUUAUGGCCUAUGAUGCUGAGCUACUUGCCCAGCAGUUUACGGUUGUGGAGAAAGACGCCUUGGACGAGAUCGACUGGAAGGAACUCAUCGAACUCCGCUGGAAACAGUCGUCGCCACAAAUCCGCGACUGGGUUCAGUACCUCCGUACACAGGAAGCGCGCGGUGUCGAUGUUGUUAUUGCUCGUUUCAACCUAGUGGUCAAGUGGGCUGUGUCUCAGUGUGUCCUUACAGAGAACAUCGAGGAACGAGCUUGUUGCAUCGUUAAACUCAUUCACAUCGCCUCACACGCUCGAAAAAUCAGGAACUACGCCACCAUGUACCAGAUCGCCAUCGCGCUUAUAUCCAACGACGUCUCCCGGCUUCACAAGACAUGGGCGCUUGUUCCCCAAGCUGAGAAGCAGACGAUGAAAGAGCUGGAAGCGCUUGUCCAACCACUACGAAAUUUCCACAAUCUUCGCCUGGAAAUGGAGACGGCUACAGUAGAAGACGGCUGCAUUCCAUUCAUUGGAAUCUAUACGCGGGAUCUGAUCUACAACGCCCAGAAGCCAGCCUUCAUCGAUGCACCGCCUGUAGACGGCGAACGACUCGUGAACUUCGAACGACAUCACACAGCAGCCACAAUCGUCAAGAACCUCCUGCGUCUCCUCGAAGCAAGCUCCAAAUAUAACUUCAGUGUCGAUCCUGACCUGAUCAGCAAGUGUCUCUGGUUGGCUGCGCUGAGUGAUGAUGAGAUUGCCAAGCGCAGCCGCCAAUGUGAAUAAGUCUCAUAACACAUACCAUUUCCUACGGUCCAAAUAUUUCCUUGUCAAUACCCAUCGGAUUUACUCUUUCGUCCGACACGAGUCACGACCCGCAUCUGCAGACAUCUACUGCACAUACACACCUAUUAUUGUUUUUUCUCCAUCCACUAUUAGAUCUAACGGCUCCCGCUUGAAGAUAAUACAUGGCUCAGCAGCAAUUCCCUAUGUGGCACUCGAGGUGCAUGUACAAAGGCAUCUAUACAGCCUAGGAAGCAUU